CUGACGCCACAUCCGUCGGCUGUAGUUGUUUUUGGUUGCAGCUUGUUUACGGCAGCCACUUAAAUCACCGGGCUUCGCUUUGCAGCGCACUCAUGUCAAAAAGAUGGACGGUUGCAUUGUGUCCGCAUUGUGGUGUUUUAUACCACUACUUGUACUCAUCCACUUGUUGUGUUUCAUCUUCGCGGAUGCAGACUUUACUCUGUUGUGGGCAAGUGUGUUAGGACACAGGCCAGAGACCAAGCUGAAAGGACUGGUGGUGUGGGUCACUGGAGCCUCCAGUGGUAUUGGAGAGGAGCUGGCCUACCAGUUGGCAAAGUGCGGGUCACGUCUCGUCCUGUCUGCUCGACGUGAGGAUGAGCUAAACAGGGUGAAACGUCACUGUUUAGAUUCCUCCGACCUCCAGGAUGAAGAUAUUCUUGUUCUUCCACUUGAUUUGUUGGAGAGGAUAUCGCAUGAGGAAAAAACCAAAGCUGCAAUCCAAUACUUUGGACAUAUUGAUAUCCUAAUUAACAAUGGCGGCCGAAGCCAGCGCUCGCUGUGCAUGGAGACCAGUGUUGAUGUGUAUCGAGCCUUGAUGGAGCUCAACUUCCUGGGUACGGUCUCCAUGACAAAGCAGGUGCUGCCCCACAUGACACAGCGAGGAAGUGGGAGCAUUGUGACUGUCAGCAGCGUGGUUGGCCUCGCUGGGGCGCCCCUGGCAACAGGAUACUCUGCCAGCAAACAUGCUCUUCAGGGUUUCUUUAAUUCCCUUCGAACUGAGUUGACUGACUAUCCAAACAUACUCAUCAGCACAGUGUGUCCAGGCCCUGUGCAGUCACAGAUUGUCCACAAUGCCUUCACAGAGGAGCUCGACAAACCUGUGGCCACAGCUGGUAACCAGGAACACAAGAUGCCAGCAAGUCGCUGUGUGAGUUUAAUGAUGGUGGGAAUUGCCAAUGGUGUCAAAGAAAUGUGGAUUGCACAGCAGCCAUUCCUUCUGUUUUACUACGCCUGGCAGUACACUCCGACAUUUGCCUGGUUCAUCACGAACAUGUUGGGCAGGAAAAGAGUGCAGAAUUUCAAAGCUGGUCUGGAUGCAGACUCUGCAUACUUCACUAAGCCCAAGACCUCCUGAAAGUCUCAUCCUGAGGAGGAAAUGUGUCUAUUGCAUUCCUAUUGUUUGAGCUGAAUAGUGAGAUGGGCUUUCCUGCAAAAUGUGGGGUUUCUGCCUUCAUUUAGAAAGAAAACUCGAAGGACACAACUGCUUCGAAAGCUUCAAGCUCUCUUCCCAAGGCAUGGCAGUGUAUGACAAACAUGGGUACAUUUUUAUUACCUCUGCCAAGGAGGUUAUGUUUUCACCCACAUCUGCUUAUUUGUCAGCAGGAUUACACAAAAAAUACUGAGCCAAUUUGCAACAAACUUGGUGGAAGGAUGGGGCAUGGGCUAGGGAAUAACCCAUUAUAUUUUGGGGCAGAUCCAGAUUAUUUACUAUGAAUUUGAAUUUUUUUCUCUUAUGUCUGGUGUAUGUUGUUUGACACUGGCCAUGGCGAAGGUCUGCACUCUCUGAGUGCCAUUCUAGUUCUAUUAUGCUUUCAUCUUAAAUCUAAAGUAAAUCCUAUAUUUUCCUGUGUUUCUGUAAAAAGCAUCUUCCAAUUAUGUGAACUUCUGGUACAGAGCCUAUGUGAAUUUAUAACCUAGGAGCUAACAACUACAUGAUGAAGCACUUGCACUAACCUUUUGAAUUGCUAAUAAAAUUCUGUUUGGAUCAGU